UGUGACAUAAACAUAUUUAAUAUCUAAUUACUUAUAUGAUUAACAGUUAAAACCGGUCUAAUUUAAUUGAAAUUUGCACAUUGUGAAAACUUGUUUACCUACAGCGUAUACAUGUGCAUGCAGGACCCACCUUCGUCUUUCACCCUUCUUCAUUCUGCAGCAUACAACUCAACUCACUAAACCUCACUUUACUUCAACCACAACCUCAGCUUUGACUCUUCAAAGUCUUCACUUUCCUAUCCAAUGCCGCUGGAAAGUGACGUCACCAUCUCCUCUUACCGCCUCUGCUGGGACGUCUUUCUCAGCUUCCGGGGCACACACACGGGCCACACCUUCACCAUGCGCCUCUACCACGCUCUCCACGGUCGUGGCGUUCGCGUCUUCCGAAACGACGAUGGGUUGGAGCGCCGCGGCGAGAUCCAGAAGAAGCUUCUAGAAGCCGUGGAAGACUCUGCCGCCGCCGUCGUCGUUAUCUCUCCCGAUUACGCGUCCUCGCACUGGUGCCUGGAAGAGCUCGCAAAGAUUUGCGAGGUUGGGAGGCUGAUCCUCCCGGUUUUCUACUGGGUGGACCCUUCGCACGUGCGAAAGCAAGAGGGUCCCUUCGAGGAGUGGUUCGUGUGGCAUGCACAGAGGUUUCCGACAGAGAGGAUUGAGCAGUGGAGGGAUGCGAUGAAGAAAGUGGGUGGACUCGCUGGUUUUGUUUUGGAUGAGAAAAGUGACAAGAGUGAUGAACUGAUUCAGAUUUUGGUGCAAAAUCUUAUGAAGCAGCUGAGGAACACACCACUGAGUGUGGCUCCAUUCACAGUAGGUCUCGAUGAUAGAGUUGAAGUGUUGAAAAACUUGUUGGACUUAAAAUCCAACGAUGUAAGGGUUUUGGGGUUGUAUGGAAUGGGUGGAGUUGGUAAGACAACAUUAGCCAAGAGCCUCUUCAACAACCUUGUUGUUCAUAGUUUUGAGCGACGGAGUUUCAUUCCAAAUGUCAGAUCACAGGUCUCCAAACACCACGGUUUGGUUUCUCUUCAAAACAAAAUCCACGGUGAUCUUUGUGGUAGAAAAGAGGAUCUGAUCACCGAUGUCAGCGACGGCAUUUCUGCUAUACAAAAAAUAGUGCAAGAGAAUCGAGUUUUGUUGAUCCUAGAUGACGUUGACGAUGUGGAGCAGCUUAACUUUUUGAUGGGUAAGAGGGAAUGGUUUUACAAGGGAAGUCGUGUAGUGAUAACCACAAGGGAUAAGGAAAUUUUGCACGGGAGUUAUGUUGAUGUUGAUUUUGAGGUGAAGGAAUUGGAAUUCUCUGCAGCAAUGGAACUGUUCUGCUUCCAUGCAAUCAGAAGAAAGGAACCUGCAGAGGGUUUUUUAGAUGUUUCAAAGCAAAUUGUGGAGAAGACAGGAGGGUUGCCUUUGGCUUUGGAAGUUUUUGGGUCUUUUCUGUUUGAUAAAAGGACCGAGAGGGAAUGGAAAGAUGCUUUGGAGAAGCUGAAGCAGAUUCGUCCUCCAUGUCUUCAAGAAGUGCUGAAAAUAAGUUUUGAUGCGUUGGAUGAACAAAAACAGUGUAUAUUCCUUGACAUAGCUUGUUUGUUGGUGCAAAUGGAAAUGAAGAGAGAUGAUGUGGUUGACAUAUUGAAUGGAUGUGAUUUUAGAGGAGAGAUUGCGGUGGAUGUGCUCACUGCAAGAUGUCUAAUUAAGAUCAUUGGUGAUGGAAAAGUGUGGAUGCAUGAUCAAGUUAGAGACAUGGGAAGGCAAAUUGUUCGUAGUGAAAGCCUUACAGAUCCUGGUCUACGAAGCAGGCUCUGGGAUCGUGAUGAAAUCUUGACUGUGUUGAAGAAUAUGAAGGGAACGAGAAAUGUUCAAGGAGUUGUCCUAGAUUGUGUGAAGAGAAGAAUGUCCAUUCCCAGAGAUCGCUCAGCAGAUGAAAUAACUAGGGAAAAUUUUCGACGCAAGCCCAGUUGUAAAUCUGCAUUCGAGUAUAUUAAAGAGAGGUAUAAAAAGUACGUAGAGGAUAGAAAAGAGAAAGCAAAAGAGGUUAUCCUUCAGUCCAAGCACUUUCAACCAAUGGUUUCCUUAAGAAUGCUUCAGAUUAAUUAUUCCAGAUUGGAAGGAAAAUUUAUAUGUCUUCCCCCAAAACUCAAGUGGUUACAAUGGAAACAGUGUUCAUUAAGGUAUAUGCCUUCUAGCUAUAAUCCAUUGGAACUUGCAGUCAUGGAUCUCUCUGAAAGUCUGAUUGAAACCUUGUGGAAGGAACGAAGUAACAAGGUGGCUGUGCACUUGACGGUUUUAAACCUCUCCAGGUGCCACCGUUUGACAGCAACUCCUGACUUAUCUGGGUAUCUGUCUCUUAAAAAACUUAAUUUGGAAGAAUGUUCUCACUUAACUAGGAUUCAUGAAUCAUUAGGGAAUCUAAAUUCCUUAGUUCAUCUUAACUUUCGCCUCUGCUAUAACCUCAUAGAACUACCUAGUGAUGUCUCUGGGCUGAAACACCUCGAGGACCUCGUUCUUUCCGACUGCUGGAAAUUGAAAACAUUACCAAAAGACUUGAGCUGCAUGGUUUCUUUAAGACAACUACUUCUUGAUAGCACUUCUAUUACUGAGCUUCCUCUGUCCAUCUUCCAUCUCACAAAACUUGAAAAGCUGAGUGCAAAUGGAUGCCACCUUCUGAAGAAGUUACCUACCUGCACUGGGAAACUCUGCUCCCUGCAAGAAUUAUCACUUAACCAUACAGCAUUGGAGGAAUUGCCAGAUUCAGUUGGUUCUUUGGAAAAACUUGAGAUGCUUAGUUUGACGGGGUGUAAGUCACUAUCAGUGAUUCCUAACUCUACUGGGAAACUAAUUUCCUUGACUCAAUUGUAUUUGGACGGCAGCGGAAUCAAAGAAUUGCCUGCUUCUAUUGGUGCUUUAUCAUAUUUAAGGAAGCUGUCUGUUGAAGACUGUACUUCUCUUGACAAAUUUCCUGUCUCGAUGGAGGCAUUAGUUUCAAUUGUUGAACUUAAGUUAGAUGGCACAAAAGUUUCUAAUUUUCCAGAAGAAAUAUUUGUGGGCAUGAAAAUGCUAGAAAAGCUCGAGAUGGGAAAAGUUCAGCAUCUAAAAUUCGUACCAGUAUCAUUGGGCUACCUGUCAGCUCUUACCAUUUUGGACAUGCAUGAUGCAAACAUUACUGAAUUGCCAGAAUCAAUAGGAAUGUUGGAAAAUCUUAUUCGGCUGAGGUUAGACAAGUGCAAACAGCUCCAAAGGCUUCCAGACUCCAUUGGAAAUUUGAAAUCUUUGCGAUGGCUAAUGAUGAAG